AUGCCUUUUGCACAACUCAUCGUUGGACCACCUGGGUCUGGCAAAAGCACAUAUUGCGAUGGUAUGCACCAAUUCAUGUCCGCUAUCGGGCGCAAAUGCUCAGUCGUCAACCUCGACCCCGCCAACGAUCAUACCUCAUAUCCAGUCGCCCUGGACGUUCGAGAUCUUGUCACACUGGAUGAAAUAAUGAGAGACGAGGAUUUAGGUCCAAAUGGCGGUGUAUUGUACGCAUUGGAGGAGCUCGAGCACAAUUUCAAGUGGCUAGAGGACGGCCUGAAGAGUCUCGGAGACGAUUAUGUACUUUUCGACUGCCCUGGGCAAGUGGAGCUAUUCACACAUCAUGCAUCACUGCGGAAUAUCUUCUUCCGCCUGCAGAAGAUUGGGUACAGACUGGUAGUAAUACACCUGACGGACUCUUUCGUACUCACGCAGCCCUCUCUAUAUAUCGCAGCACUGCUCCUAGCCCUGCGUAGCAUGCUGCAGAUGGAUCUUCCCCACCUUAACGUCUUGACCAAGGUCGACAACCUGUCAAGCUAUCCUCCGCUUCCAUUCAGCCUAGAUUUUUACACUGAAGUCCACGAUCUCUCCUAUCUUCUACCAUUCUUGAACGCGGAACAAAGUGGACGCAAUCCGUCUACCCAAUCUCUUGGAGAUACCGAACGGGGGCUUCCCGAAUCCAGAUACGCAUCUCUAAACCGUGCGAUCACAUCGUUAGUGGAGGAUUUUGCACUUGUCGGCUUCGAGACACUUGCCGUGGAAGAUAAGAAAUCAAUGACGGUACUACUGCGUGCUAUAGACCGUGCAGGGGGCUACGUGUUUGGUGGGACCGAGGGAGCGAAUGAUACAGUGUGGCAAGUAGCUAUGAGACAAGACGCAGUUACGAUGGAUGCGAGAGACGUUCAAGAGCGAUGGAUAGAUCGAAGGACGGAGUUCGAUGAGGCAGAAAGAAGGGCAUGGGAGGAGGAAGCAAAGGGCUGGGUCGGGGGACGUACAGAACAUGGCAAUGGGCGUUCUGAAGUUACGAGUACGAAUAAUGGCAUCAAAAUUGUUAGGAAAGGGGGAUGA